AUAGGUAUAACAAACGUGACGAGACAACGGCGAUGGCAGCUGCAGCACCAAAUGGUAUCACCCAACAACAGUGGGCUACUACAUCAGCAGCAGCAACAAUUCAAAAUGGUGGAAAUCGCCAUCGACCGUAUUUUGGGCAGCCACAAUUUAUGCGUGCACCGAUAGUUGGAAAUCGUAUAAGUGGAGUGGAUUAUUGGCAUAAAAAUGGUGGCUCAGCAGCCGAUGCUGUACGUCGUCAGCAGCAACAGCAGCAACCACUUCAUUAUGAACGCGGAGGCGCUAGUGGUAAUGUUGGAACAGAUGAUAUUGCAGAUCGCAACAAAACAUUCUUUUCACGUAACGAUAAAUGGCAGCCACGUGGAUCACAUCCACAAGCGCCACCCAAAUUAACUGCUGCGCAAAGACGAGCGCGUGGGCCAUUACCAGACUGGGAUGAAUGUGCAGGAGAUGAUGAUAACUUCGAUUAUAUGGAUUUGAUGGAAUCUCAGUAUGCUCAAUUCUAUGCCGUAUCCACGAUACCUCCAUUCGAUCCCAGUUCGACAUGUUUGGAUCCCGCAUUGGCAGCAGCAUUUCCCACUGCGAAUAUUAUGUUCCAGGCGCACCAACAAAUGGCGGCUCUAACAUUUCGUCAUUCACAUAUAUCCCCAUUUAACCCUCAGUUGCUUUCCCAACCGCCACCUGCGGUUGCGGCCGCAACUGCAACCAUAGGUGAGUCACGUUCGGACAGCGUAGCAUCGUCGCUUACAUCUAACACUAUUCCACCAACACCAACCACUCUACUUUCACCUGGCAGCGGUGUCCUCACAAGCAAAGGUGAGUUCAUCCCUGGACCAGCGGUAGCCCCUAUGAGUGUCCCCUACCAUGCCGCUUAUCCACCCAUAUCACCUCAAGCACCAAUCACCAGUGAAACUUUAAAAGAAUACGUUCGAAAACAAAUUGAGUAUUAUUUGUCACCUGAGAAUCUCCAGAAAGAUUUCUAUUUGCGUCGAAAGAUGGAUAAAAAUGGUUUUUUAUCGUUAGCAUUGAUAGCUAGUUUCCCGCGUGUUCGUACACUCACCGACAACAUUAUGUUAAUUACGGAAGCUUUACGAAGUAGCGAUAAAGUGGAACUCAGCGAUGAUAGUGAAAAUGUUCGUCCGCGUGAUAACCCACAGCAGUGGCCGCUUUCGCCGGCUUUGCUGCAGACUACGGAUUCAGGUAGCAGUGCUAUUCGUCCGGUAGCUGGAACGGUUAUGAAGAUGGGGAAUGUUCCAUCUUCGGUGAUUUCUCAGGUGAUGACGACAGCACCACUGGCAGCUGAAAUGGAUUCCAAUGCUUUGGCGCAAGCUGAGUUGCAGCCAUCUGUUUUUUUGGAAUCACUUGAAGCUGAAAAACGAAAUUAUGAGGGACGCAGCAGUAAUGACAUCAAAAAAGUGACUGAUGGCAGUUAUUCCGCGUUAAUUGCAGAUGAAACAAAUUCAAAUUUAGCAAAAGACAGUAAGGAUAGCGAAAGGAAGGGCGUCGCCCGUAGUCAGUCGUCAGGCACGAACAGAAAUAACGAUGGUGAGGACAACAGUAAUGGGAUAGCGGAACGAAGUAGGGAACUACCGAAAGAAUCUGAAGUGGAGGAUUGGCAAGAGGUCAAAAGUCGAAAGCAAAGAAAAAGCAAAAUUUCUGGUAACACUGCCGGCAAAGGUGCAUCUCAUUCUGUUUCGUCGCCACCUGCACGAUCUGUUCCAGAAGCUGAUAUGCAAAACGAUGACGAUUUUUUUGUGGUGUCAGAUCUUCCGCGUCGCGAAAGGAGAGCAGUUAAUAGGGUCGCAAUGUCGGAUGAUUCAUCAGAAGAUAUAAGCGAUGCAAAUAUCAAAAAAUUGAUCAUUGUAACACCAGCACCAUCCAGUAAGAGGCAGUUUGAUCGCGUCGGUGAUUCCACAUCUAUCAAUGCAAGUCAAAAUUUGACGGAGGAAAUGGAAUAUGGUCUGAGGCGAUACGAGGAUGAAUUAUGGAAUCGUAAAGAAGCGAGUCGUAAAACUCAUAUAAAUAAGGUUGACACUGUUCCGGAGGAAGUAUUCAAGCAGUUAAGAGGGGAAGAUAGCACUGUUCAGAAAUCUGCGCCGGAACCAUUGCCGAAAGUGCUCCCAACUCCAAAUACAGUCCCGGAAAUUUCUUCAGUUUGGGCGCAGAAGGCUCGUGAAAGAGCUGCAGCAAAUGCUGCAUCAUCGACAAAAAGUCCAUUGGCAAAACGGGAAACGGAAUGUGGUAUGUUAACGCCACGCUUUUAUCCAGUCAAAGAAAGUGCCGUUCCAGAUUCUUCUCAGCUACGGAAAUAUAAAACUCGUCAUAGUGAAAAUCCACCUGUUGAAAUGCCUGUUGGUUGGGUUUUUGGCACUCGUUCGCGAACAUCUUCUGUUAAUGCUGACUCAGUUGAAUCAACGAGUGGCCAAGCGGUACCUGGCCUUUCAGUGCACGUUUCCUUUAGUUUGCUGCAAGAGAACGGCUUCCAGGAACAAAUAUACACGAAAUGGCGAAUAUCAUGUCUACAGCAAAGGGAACAUUUGGGUUAUGGCACAACUGAAAUGAAUACUUAUUUCCGUUUCUUAUCUUUCUUCUUGCGAGACCACUUCAACCGAAAAAUGUAUCAAGAAUUUAGACAUUUAGCCCUUGAAGAUGCGGAAGCGGGUUACAGGUACGGGUUAGAGUGCCUCUUUAGAUUCUACAAUUUUGGUCUGGAGCGUAAGUUCAGGCCAAACGUAUACUUAGAUUUCCAAGAGGAAACAAUGAACGAUGUCAAACGAGGCGAACUGUACGGGUUGGAGAAGUUUUGGGCUUUUCUAAAAUUUUACAAGCACUCGAGGCGCUUAGAAGUUCAUCCAUUCCUCAAGAAAAAACUAGCAGAAUACAAGAAUUUGGAUGACUUCAAAUUUGAUCCGGCUACGGCAGCGAAGAAAGAACUAUCAGUGGACAGUAUGAAUGCAGCUGUUUCUUCCAGGCGAUGAGCUAUCCUCUCGUUCUGUUGGCAACAUCCAUUGUUAUUUGCCAUAAAUUAUGGCAUUGUUAUUGUAGUACUUCAUGUUCUAGUAGUAUCCGUUAGCAAAUGUUUAGGAGAAAUAUAUCCCUCCAGUUUACGGUAAACGUACAAAAGUUAGAGCUGUAAGGAGCAAGUAAUUCUGCGAGUUACUUUUAUUCGAUUAAUUGGAGGAAGAGCUCAGUAUUUUUACCUGUCUAUCAUUUCAUUCUUCUUUGUUCACCGUCCUUUUUGGUAGGU